CUGCGAGACGUUGUCAAGACGCGAUGUUUCAAUCGUGGUAUUUGGUCUGAGUCAUUCGUAGCUCUGUCCCUGCGGGCCUUGUCUCGCGCAUAUCGGCAACGUUCCUUGCGCAACGCAGUAGAGACUCUAUCAAGCCGAAAGAGAUACCGAUCGGGAGAAGGCUUCCUUGCGGCUACAGACUUCCUGUCAAGAUCCAUGUUGCUAGGUACCCCUUGUCUUCUCAAGGCGGUACAGGCCUACCCAGACUCGCUCCCCCGGAGGAGCCAUUGAUCCUUUCUUCUUACACUAUGACCUUCCCGAACCACAAGCAUCAUCCCAAACCCACCGCCGUCACAUCUCGAUCCUCCACAUGCCGUGUGGCAUCUCACGUCGAUCCAGCCCUGCGCAAGCUCGCCGAGAUGCGGAAAUGUGUACUAACAUAUGCAUGUUCAGCAUCAUGGCGCCCCACACCUUGCGUCUCCGUGCCCAACGCAUUUCUGAUUCCGAAUCCUCUAGCCAGGGUGCCCGGAGGAAAAGCAAACACACCUACCUUCCCAACAUGUCCGGCAAUAGCGCACAUUGCCGGAGAGUUGUACCACCCAAUCAGAAAAGCUCGGUGCCGACCGCGCAAAGUAAUACGCCACAUCAAUGCAGAAGAUGUUAAUCGAUCCAUCUACCAAGAUCUGAAUCAAUCGCCGAACCUGGAUCGCAUCGCCAGAUUCCAGAUCGCGGCCCUAGUGGGGCGGCGGAAAAACUCUCGAUCCACGUCCUUCCCGGCCUUCCCGUCGAAGUACCACGAUUCGAUGCGGCACACGACCGCGAGGGCGAUUGAGACUUGCGCGGUCGGCGAGCGCUGCUGGGCCUGUGAGGCCGCAGCAAAAGAAAUUAUUGGCAUGCCACGGGCGUCUGCGAGGCGUUCGAUGGUGCUGAGGAUUCGGCCCAUCGCAGAAGAGGCCAGCCCGGGAAAGCUUCAGGAAUCUGGGGGUCCCAUGGUGUUGGACGUAGCACCGGCAGGGAUCGAGGGUAUAAGGUGAUGCAAAGUGGGAGAUAAUCGUAGGUUGAGUUUCGAUGAGAUCGGGCUUGAUUACGCGUUGCGAGAGUAGGAAGUGUAGGUCGAUAAGCGCGCCGCAGCCAGUCAAGCCUUCCGCUUUGGCCUUGCUCGCCAAUCGUCAGUCUGUCAGAUGCACAGUCCGUUGCAUGACUGUCAGGUGUCAACCAGUCUGCUUCACACCCUCAGGAAAGCCUCGAAGGCGUUGAGGUUUAAGACGUGUCAUUGCGACCCGCAUGAGCCUGAGUCUCGGCGCACAAGCAACAGAACCAGAGGCUGAUCGCAAUCACAUCUGCCAUCCAUUGACAGGAUUCAGCUCCUUGCAGUACUUCAUUUAUCGGCGUCUCGCCAUCAACCAUGACUU